AUGGAGCAUGCGGCAGCCCCAGGCCCCAGGCCGGAGCCCCCACCCUGGGCCACUGAGAAUGUUCUGCGGCAGGCCGAGGACUGGACAACCAGCCUCAAGACGGAGCUUCCCUCAGAUCUACAACUGAGUGAGGAGCAGCGGCUGCAGAUCUCCAAGGAGUUGGUUGACCUGCAGAUCACAACGCAUCACUUGCGGGAGCAACACGAGGCUGAACUCUUUGAGCUGAAGAGUGAGGUCCUGCGGCUGGAGAGCCGGGUGCUGGAGCUGGAGCUGCAUGGAGAUUGUGCGGCUCCGGCAGAGGCUGACCUGGGGCGCCGCCAGAAGCUGGCACAGGGGCUUGGGCACAAGGCCCAGGAGCAGGCACAGCCUGAGGACUUCUUGACCCCUAAGACCGAACAACAGAAGCUGGGGAACAGUGUGAGUGUGCAGCUCCCUAGCCUGGGAAUUAGUGCAGAUCUGUCCCAGCCCAGAGUGCGGCUGGGCAAGGCCAGGGACCCAGAGCUUGGGGUCUCAUUCGGCCAGCCCUUGUGUACCCGGCAGCUACAUGGAGAAUGGCAGCGAGUGCUGGAGGAGCACAGGGCCCAGAAGCAGGCACUGGAGACCCGCGUGGCAGAUCUGGGUCGGCGGCUGCAGGGAGCCCGAGAAGAGGCCAGGAUGGCUGGGCAGCGACUGGCCACACAAGCCAUGGUACUGUCUGCCUGCCAGGGCCAGCUCCGCCAGGCUGAGGCGGAGAACGCCCAGCUGCAGCUGCAGCUCAAGAAGCUGAACCAAGAGUAUGCCAUCCGGCUGCAGCGAUGUGCCCAAGCCGUGGCCGUGAGCACCACCUGGGGGUGGCCCUGUGCUGGGUGGGAGGCUUCGGAUCCCGCGGAGCCCAAGCCUGGCCCGAGGGCGCUGGGCUGCUUCCGGGAGACCCCGUGGGCCCGGCCUGCCGCACGGCCCAAUCUGCUCCACAGAGGGAACCGUGGGAGGAAGUGUGGGCCCAACCAGGCCCCGCCCUUGUCAGCCCUGGCCCCACCCCCACCCCCAGCCCCGCCCAAUCUCCUCCAGGAGUCUGCAAAGCGCACCGGCCAGGUGCCCGAAGCCGCAGCCCUUAGGACGUUCCUGGAGACCACUCUGGAGGACAUCCGGGCAGCACACCGCAGCCGUGAACAGCAGUUGGCCCGGGCUGCUCGCGCCUACCGCAAGCGCCUGGCAGAUCUGAGCCGUAGACAUGAGGAGCUGCUGGCCAACCACAGGUGUGUGCAGCAGGUGCCGGCAGACCCCAGUGGGGCACCCUGGAUCCCCAAGGCUACCUUUGAUGCAGCCACCUCAGACCUGGAGCCACUGCCUCUGCACCUGGUCACCAAACUCAGUCACCUACCAGAGAACCAGGCCAGGCUGGAGACGAAGCUUUGGAAGCUCCAGGCCCAGAAGGGACCCAGUGGAGCCUCCCAGGGGAGCACAUCAGAGCCACAGGGCCAGGAACCUGCCUCCUGGGCCCAGAUCCACCAGAAGCUCCGGGACUUCUCCCGUGGCACCCAGGCAGAGCUGGAACGUGAGCGCGCAAAGCUACUAGUCCGGGCCACAUUGGCUGAGGAGCAACUUUCUGAGCUACAGGACUAUGUGGACCAGCACUUAGGCAGGUACAAACAAGAGAUCCUGAGGCUGAGGAAGCUAAUGGGUACAGAGGAUGCCUGCAAAGUGGGGGCCACCCCUCCAGUCAAGCCCCAGCACUCCAAGACCCGCAGCCGCUAGCCAGCUGUCAAAUGCACUCAGCAGAACUCUUCGCAGCUGGCACGGAACCCUCCUCACAGCAC